AACGUCUCUCUCUCUUUUCCCCAACGACUGACUGAAGCUGAAGAGGUCUUUUAGCCCACAGCGUACGAUUUUUCCCCUCCUUCUUCUUCCUCUGAAAUUUACCUGUAAUUCAUUAUAGAAAGAUCGUAGCUUUUUCUCUGAAGUUGGAGACCGCAUGAUCGGAGCUGCUGGGCUUUAAAGAUCCGAGCUUUUUGGGCUUUCAAUUUCGUCCCAAGAUGGAUAGUGGGAUGGUAGCUGACCAUUCUGUGGAACCUGCAACAUGUGCUCUGUGCCACAGGGCUCUUUCACCCGAAAAUGAGGCAAUUGGAGAUCUUGUAACUGCCAACAUGUGUGGGGACUGUAAAUUUUUGUACUUUGAAGAUCUUGGCAGUCCCGUGUUCCCCACACGGGACUCUUAUAGGAUGAGGCCGUCUAGGAGAAGAAGAGCUAGGUACAGUAGUUCCGAGUCGGUUGACGAUAUUUUCUCACAACAGUUCUCACAUAUGAUUAAUCUGGUGCGGCAAAAUCAGUCCCCUGGCUCUGGGCUUGAGGAUCUACCUGUAGAUGGUGAUUCUGCUGCCAGGAUAUCACAGCGCACAAGUUCCCGUACUACACCAACUGGGUCUAGAAGAUGGAGGCGGGGUCUCUCUGAUACUGAGAGUGAUGGUUUCGAUAAUGCGGAUUCUCUCUAUGGGGAGAGUGAAUCAAAUGUCAGUUUUGGGCGGUACAGGGUGUCUCAUGAUGUGAGUGAUGUAGUUUCUUUUAGUGCCUAUGGUGGUGAUUCAGAUGCUUCUGUAGACCUGCAUGGUUUCCUGGAUACAGAGACAUUUAUCCAACCAGAUGAUGGAAGUGCUUUUGAUAGUGAUACUGACAUUGAUCCAAUGCUUGCUGGUCUCAACCCAUGGAACUCAGACGACGCUGAAGAAGAUGAUGACGAUGACGACGAUGAUGAGGAGGAUGAAGAAGAUGAUGAAUGGGAAGAAGUUGAGUCUGUGGAAAACAUGGUUGAAUCUGCAGAAGCCAAUAGUCAACCGCGAAACCCUUUGAUUUUGAGUUCUGGUAGAAGAAACCGCCCAGUCAAUUGGCACCAACGAAGACAGAUUACUGAAACUGAGGCUCCACUUCAUUGGGGAAUGAGGGGAAGGAAUUCCCGUGAUAUCUUAUCUAACUUCGAUGAUUCAGACAUGAUGCCUUAUGUUACAAAUUCUGGUGAUUAUCUUGAUGCAGUAGGCUUUGAAGAAUUGCUGGAGCAUCUUGCUGAGGCAGACAGCUUAAGACGAGGAGCACCUCCUGCUGCUGUCUCGUUUUUGAAUAAUCUGCCUCUCAUUCUUAUUGGUAAGGAACAUGAGAAGCAUGAUGACUUAGCCUGUGCAAUUUGCAAGGAUGUAUUGACUAUUGGCACUGAAGUGAAUCAGCUUCCUUGCUUUCACUUGUAUCACCCUUCCUGUAUUCUGCCAUGGUUGAGUACACGGAAUUCUUGCCCUCUUUGUCGUUAUGAGCUACCAACUGAUGACAGAGACUACGAAGAGGGGAAGCGGAAUGCUGGUGGUAGAGUGGACAUCCACGUCCGGCGGAAUGCUAGAGAGGACAGGUCUGCUGGUGUUUAUAAUAGAGCUGAAGAAGAUGAAGAUCAUGCUUUUAGUGAAACGAGAGUGGAGCAUAGGUUCCAAGUAGGUAGGGAACCUGACUCUAAUACCUCCGGAGGAGAAAAUAAUCGGGGGAGUUGGUUUCUUCUUGCCGCUGCUCCAAUUGUUAGUCUUGUGGGCAUAGUUCUCGUGCUGUGGUUGGGAACUCCCCUAAUGGAAAGAAGAGGUCUGGCAGGACAGGGCAACUUUGCUGAUCAGGCCCGACGCCACGGUCAUAUUGCUGGUGCAGCACCCCACCACAGGCAGAAUAGAAGCAGGAGGUGGUGGUCUCUUUUCUGAGGGGUUCUUGAAUUGUUUGGUAAAUAAGUUUGGUGUUUUGUUGUUCCUUCCCUGACUACUUGUGUUUUGGACCUUGUAGCACUCCUGUUCUGUUGUAGACAUCGGCACUAUUCUCCGAUUUCUGAUGUAUAAUUAUGUCAAUUGUGGUCCAUUUAAUUGUAUCUCUUUUAACAUUUUUAUCACCAAAUGUGAGUUCAAGUUUUCUAUA